AUGUGGGCGACCAGUGCUCGCUGGUUUCGACCCAGCGCGCACAGCGGCACGCCGGACUCGCAGCCGAGGAAGAGCCGCGUGCGCGAGCCCGCGAGACCGGCCAGUGAAACCGUCGCGCGCGGCUGUCGCGGGGAACGCGAGGAGGCCGGCAGCGGAGGGCCAGUUGCGCGGGGCCAGCAGGACCAUCGCCCAAGAGUCCAUCCUAAUCCCAGCAGUUUCGAUCGUUCCAAGGCUGCCAGGCCCGCUAGUGAAUUUGCAACCGGCGAGCGCGAUGCGCCCCGUGCGUCAGCCACCGCCGGGGCUGCCGCGCCGUUCUUGGGAUCGUCAGCGGUGCGCGGGAAAGGAAGCGACGCUGCUGCGAAAGGCGCAAGCAAGCGCGCAAGCGCGAGGGGCGAUUCCGCCAGCGGGGCGUGUCUAGGCGGACUGGUGGACCUCCGCACGCUGGGGUCCGCGCGCGGGAGGGCGCAAGACGCGUCGGGGGAGCGCAAGGCGCUAGCGUCGUUUCGACGGCAGCACAUGAUGCGAUUCUUGGGCGACGCUAAUCUGGUCGUGCUGCAACUGCACGGCCAGGCGCUUUGCUGCGGGCGACCGCAGGCAGGAUUGGUCGACGACGGCGAGGAAGAGGAGGAGACGGAAGAGGAAGAACGGGGAGGGGAGCGAGGUGAGGAUGAGGGGGAGGGUUUUAGGCUUGACGAUACGGUUUCCUCGCUGGGUGGCAUGGGGGAGGAAGACGAGAGGAAGGAGAAAGCAAAAGUGGAUAUUGCUGAGACGAUGAACGCGAGAGGAGGGUCAACUGGAGAGCCCCAGGGUUGCACCCUGGUGACCUCGGAGAGCGGCAAGUCGAGGGAUGUCGCCCCUUUGGCGAAGACGAAAGUUCGCGAUGUAGCAGCGUCGCCGCCGCGUGCGACACCUGCCGCGACGCCUGUGACGACGUCCACGCGACUGCGUUCUUCGCGGUCGCGUUUUGAACAGGUGCUGAGCGACUGGGCGGCAAGCGCGCGAAUGGCGGCGGAUGAAGUCGCACAGGGAUUCGAUGCGUGCGACGGAACGCGAAACGAGGGAGCCGAGCCGGUGUUGAGAAACGCAGGCUCUUCAGGAGAACGUAGCACCGCUAAGGGAGAGGAGGUGCGGAGAUUGGAUGCGAUCGCGAGUGGCGAAGAGGUAUCGCAGCUAAGGGGGACCGCAUCUGGCACUGAGGUUGACCGGAGGGCGACGACGGCUCCAGUCGUGGGAGAUAGCCCGCAGGUUGCUGCGCGCAGUGAAGGUCGCACAGGUCGCGGUGAUGGUCGCACAGGUCGCAGAUGUGGCGACGAUCGUCGCACUGUUGACGACCCUGCGAUUGCGCCAUCGAGCGGCGAUGCUGAUGUGUCCGUGAUGCUGCAGCGGUCGGUUCAGGCGGAGAUGGGUAGCAAGGGCGGUGGCAUGGCGGCGGGUGUCGAAACAGGCGACGGGGCGACUCGCGUGGACGGCGAAAUGUGCUCUGUGAAAUCAAAGGCGGUGGUUGCGUGGGAAAACCGGGGAUGCGGUGAUGAGCGAUUGGCAGAUGCUUCUGCUGAUGGGGUGCGUGACUGCAGUGGCGGUAACAGUGGGAGUGGUGAAGAUCUAGUUGCCAUUCACGAGUGCAAAGAUGCACCUUUAAAGCUAGAAGUGGCAAAAGAAGCGGAUCUAUCAGAUUGUGGUGAGGGAACACACGAUGGGGGGCGUGCACACAGCAAGGAGGGUCUCAAUGGCGUUGUGUUGAGCGAGCAAGGGAGGGGAGGAUCAGCAAGGAGGAUAUUGCCUGGGUCGGUACUGACUGAGAGCAGCGUUAGUCGUAAAACUCGGGCAGAAAGGGAGAGUGGGAAGGCACGGCAUGCAAAGAGGCAAGGGAAGGGACGGUUCUCCUGGCUAAAAGUCCGGUGGCCUGUGUGGGGAUGA